AUGGCAGUCUUGAAAGACGUGAAGAAGAAACCCUCAAAGACUGCGAAGGCAAGCGCGUCUCCCGCCUCAAACUCCACAGGCAUAAAAUCAACCACCGGAAUGGGGAAGAAUGAGAAAGAUACAUCUGCCUCUGAAAGACCGGCGUUGUCGCCCGCUCUCCUAGCGAUGGUCACCAGCUUCCUCACCGCCUAUGGGUUUGACAAGACCAGCAAUGUUUUCGGUGAAGAACUAAAGGAGAGCAAAAUGAUUAGGAAGGCAGGAAACAAGUCCAGCGGUUCAGCAACCGCCAAUACGCCGUUGCUAGUCGAGCUUUUUGAGAACUGGAACCGUAACCUUAGAAAACAAGGUCCGAAACAAAAGGUUGUCGCAAAGCAAUCCAGUGAGGAAGACAGUGAUGGAAGCAAUUACAGCGAUUCCGAUUCAAGCUCGUCUGCCUCUAGUGACUCUGACGUCUCCAUGGAGGAUGCAUCUUCAUCUUCAACCUCUUCCUCGUCGUCUUCAAAUGAUGAUAGUAGUGAUGAAGAGGAGGAGGAGAAAGGGCAGGAGGACAACAAGGCAACUGCUCCCAAAUCGAAAACACUAAAGCGCAAACAGGAUGACGCAUCGAGUUCUUCAUCUUCUGGUUCUGACUCGGAUGAGGGCCGUCCUCCGGCAAAGCGGACAAAGCUGCCGACUAACGGGAAAGGGAAAUUAAAGUCAAGCGCAUCAGAUAAAUCCUCCAGUUCAGAUUCGUCCUCGGAGUCCACGUCAGAAUCAUCCUCUGGCUCCUCCUCAGACUCCGAUUCCGACUCUUCAUCUGCGUCUGACAAGAAGAAGUCGAAAAAGAAGUCAAUUCCAAAAUCAGCUACCGCCGCUGACGUUGCCGCAAUUGCGGCCAAAAUCCCGCUUCCCGAGUCCGAAGAAAGCGAUUCAGCCAACUCUUCGUCAUCUUCAUCAUCAUCAUUCUCCUCUUCAGGUUCAUCCGAUGGUGAGGAUAUGAGUGCGGACCGCAAGCCCUCGGCCGAUUCAAGCGCAACACUUGGCGGCAACUCCUCAUCCAGCGAUUCCUCUGACUUCUCCUCCUCGUCCAGCUCGUCAUCUUCCAAAUCUUCCGUGGGCAAGAAAAAACCCAAGGAAGCCAAGAAACAGACAAAUUCCAUUGCCAAAUCCAAAUCCAAAUUCUCCAGCCCCAGCGCCCUCAAGAAUCCCCCUUCCAGUACCUCCACAUCCAAUGCAAAGUCAACGCCCCUCUCUACCCCAGCUGGAUCUACCCCCCAAGUCAAACAUUCAGGUGCUAAACCGACUCCAUUGGCACUAGCCAGCAUGAAACCUCACGAUGACCAUCCCUCUAACGCAUAUGUCCCGUAUGCAUAUGCUGAACGAGCACAUAAGGACCUCUCGGUUACUCGAGGCAAGGGGUUCACAAAGGAGAAGAACAAGAAGAAGCGCGGUUCUUACCGUGGUGGACCUAUCGACAUUGGUCCAGGGAAGUCCUUUAAGUUUGAAGAUUAG